AUGGUUACUGCUGUCGCAGAUGGUCUUCGCGCCGCGAGGGGCAGGGACAGGGACGCGACAGACAGAACGCUUCUGCAACCUCAAAGAAAUGAUUCCGCGGAUUUGUCUCCAUCUCCAACGCGCUUUAGGCCACGACCACUCUCCGCAAUGACCCCCGCAGUGACAAUUCAACCGCCGCUAUCUCCCGAAAAGACGAUGACGUUGAACUUGGCCGUGUCCAACCCCUCUACUCUCCUUUCAGACAACCCAAAACCCUCUGGUCCAGGGACCUCUUCUCCGAGACACUUCAAGAUUCCCAGCAGACCUCAUACUCCCCUCCUAGAACCUGGGAGGAAAUCGCCCACUUCAUCUCAACCCCCUUCACCCCCACCGCCCAGAAGAUCUGGGGAGCUAAAGCGCAAUUCUUCUUUUAAAGGAACCCCUCCACCAGUCAACCGUGCUGAGAAGCCUAAGAUCGCUAGCAAGCCUCUGUCUCUGAGGGUUGAAACUCCCCCUAUUAUCAAUCCGCGUGAUAGGACAUCUCCAUUCAGCACACCGCCAGGCAGUGACAGCAGUCCUGAAUAUGGGAUGCUGGCUCCCGCGUUACCCCCAAAUCGACCUCGGAUGUCGGUUGACUUCUCCUCAACCGGUCCAAGAACGUUUGAUCCGCCUCCAAUCCAUCAUAUGGUGGUCAGCAAACGCAGAGAUCAGGAGUCGCAUAGCUUAGGACGAGGUCUUAUCUCCCCGCAGGUUACGGGCGAUGGGAGGCCGGCAUUGCCAAGUAGACCACAGUCAGUCAUAUUAAAGCCUCGACAGCCACCCCAAAAUGCGAUGUUACCACCGCCUCCUCCACGCCCAUCGAUGGAUAGGGCACGGCCCACUCGUCCUCAAACGCCUCCAAAACGAGUGGUCUCGUCUCCUACGAAUGCUCAAUUACAGGCACCGCCGAAAUCACAUGGGCGAUCGAUGACCGUUGAUAGAGCUAUAGAGAGAAUUCCAGGCGAAUUUCGCACUCCGAUUUCCUCCUCGAUCUCUUAUACAGAGUCAGGGAAAUCCAUGGAUGCAGCGCCUUCCUCUACCUACAUAAAGAAUGCGCUAAGUCAACGCCCGGUGGAGUAUCCUGAUUCUUCUUAUUCGAAUCGCCGACCGCCUUGCUUCAAACAAGGUGCGCAAGAAAUAGCAACCAAGUAUGAGACGCGCAUUCACGACGUGUGUGGUGAGUUCGUUUGCACAUCCGGUCACAUGACGAGGGUCUGGAGCUUGCUCGAUGGCGAAAUCAUCAUGAGUUUAGCCCACACUGAGGGUGUCAGAAUUAUGUCGGUGGCUUUCAAGCCUGCUUCUAGCAUAAAUGAAGAAGGCUCCCGGCUGUGGCUUGGGACCAAUGUUGGUGAUAUUCUUGAAGUCGAUGUUGCCGCACAGAGUAUUGUAGCAACGAAAGCCAAUGCUCACACUCGCCGAGAUAUCAUCAAAAUUCACAGACAUAAGAAUGAGAUGUGGACAUUGGAUGACGGUGGAACAUUGCACUUGUGGGCCCCUGAUAGCACUGGCUCACCAAGUCUUAGCAAUCCUUAUCAGAGUUUCAGAGUGCCGAAAGGCCAUACAUUCUCGAUGGUUGUUGGCGACAAACUGUGGCACGCCGCUGGCAAAGAGGUACGGGUCUUCGAACCCACUCUAGAUGGAAGCGAACAGUUCCAGAUACUCCAGCGACCUAUGAGUCAACCAAACGCCGGGGAGGUGACUUCUGGUGCCACAAUCAGCACUCAACCCGAUCGAGUCUACUUUGGUCAUGUCGAUGGAAAGGUCAGCAUCUACUCGAGCCAAGAUUAUUCAUGUUUAGGGGUCGUCAGUAUCAGCCAGUACAAGGUCACGUCUCUUACUGGUAUUGGCGGUCAUCUUUGGGCCGGAUUCAGCAAUGGGAUGAUAUAUGUUUAUGACACUACUACUACCCCUUGGAUCGUUAAAAAGGACUGGCGUGCUCAUCACGAUCCCCUCAUCACCAUGAGUGCGGAUAGGAGUAGUUUUUGGUCACUCGAUCGCGCGCACGUCAUUUCACUAGGUCAGGAUAACAUGAUACGAGUGUGGGAUGGAUUAUUGCAAGAGGAUUGGAUAGAAAAUCAGAUGCAGUCACAAGAGGCUGAGUUCUGCGAGCUCAGGCCGAUAAAAGCAUUGGUUAUGACUUGGAAUGCGGGUGCAUCAACACCGUAUCAUCUGCAACACUCCAAGCAGGAUUCUAGUUUUUUCAGGGACCUCAUGCAAAACAGUGACUGCCCUGACCUCCUAGUAUUUGGAUUUCAGGAGCUUGUCGACCUCGAAGACAAGAAAACAACAGCUAGUAUCUUCUUCAAAUCUAAGAAGAAGGACCCCUCGGAGCCGGAACACAUGAGCCAUCAGUAUCGCGAUUGGCGAGAUUUUCUUACUCGUUGUUUGGACGACUAUAUGCCUGGGAAUGAGCUAUAUCACCUGUUGCACACAUCGAGUCUUGUUGGACUCUUUACUUGCAUCUUUGUAAAAGCAUCCUUGCGCGAACGAAUAAAAAGUAUCAGUGGAGCUGAAGUCAAGCGGGGAAUGGGUGGCCUGCACGGGAACAAGGGUGCUUUGAUCGUUCGAUUUAUCCUGGAUGACACUUCUAUGUGCUUCAUCAACUGUCAUCUUGCUGCAGGGCAGUCGCAGACUAGGGAUCGCAACACAGAUAUAUCGCUGAUACUCGAGAGCACUGUACUACCCGCAGAAAGGGAUAUCAGCGUCCGUCAAGACAGCUUUAUUGGAGGUGGUGAUGGGACAAUGAUAAUGGAUCAUGAAAUAUGUAUCCUGAAUGGAGAUCUCAACUACCGCAUUGAUACGAUGGGUAGAGAUACAGUGGUCAAUGCGAUAAAGGCCAACAAUCUCCCCAAGCUACUCGAAAGAGAUCAGCUACUCGCAUCGAGAAGGAAAAACCCCUGGUUCCGACUGCGCGCCUUCAAUGAGCUCCCCAUUACAUUUGCGCCAACCUAUAAAUAUGAUGUCGGAACUGAUAAUUAUGACACGAGCGAGAAGAAGCGGGCCCCAGCCUGGUGCGAUAGGCUUUUAUAUCGUGGGCGCGAUCGUGUUCGGCAGUUAAGCUACCAGCGACAUGAGGUUCGAGUAUCAGAUCAUAGGCCCGUGACCGGGCAAUUUGAUAUAGUCAUCAAGAGCGUCCAACCACAGAAACGAGCUAUGAAAUGGGAGGAGUGCCAGCGACAGCUUCUAGGGAUGAAGGAGAAGUUGGCAAUGGAAUCAAAGUAA